AUGGCCAGCUUGUUUAUCCAAGAAGAUUCGGACGAUGAGUCGCUACAGCAGGAGCUUUCGAGGCAGAUAAGCUCCAGGAAGAACCAUGAAGAGGCCUUGCUGCCGCAGCAGACAAUGCUACCAGAAGAUCCCCACAUAGAAAGAGAUGCUACAGGACCUUCAGACGAUGAGAAACCGUUGUAUCCUCUCAUUCCGCGGGAGGAUAGUGGAGCGAAUUUGAAACCGAAUAUAGAGGACAUCAGGGAAGUCGAUAUCCAAUUGAAUCUACCUUUGAGCUUCCAGCGUCAGGUCGUUGAAAACGUACUGGUUGCUGAUGAUCCGCUUGUCGUGAUAGGUAAGGGCCUCUGCAUGAUUGUCAUUGUGGCUAAUCUGCUUCAUGUGCUGGGGACGCCAACAAGAAUCAAUGGCAUUUCAAAAAGAUCAUUGGUCCUAGUGCUUAAUGCCAAGCCGAGCGAUAAUAUACAUAUAAGCGAUGAGCUGCAGGAACUGUCGGCUCUUUCUAGCUUUGAAAACCCUCAAGAUGAGGAACCGAGACCAUUUCAUGUCAUUAAUGCUGACUCGCAAACAUUGGAAAAGAGGAGACAACUGUACUUAUCUGGCGGCAUAUUCAGUGUAACGUCCAGAAUCCUCAUAGUGGACCUGCUUUCAGGUGUGCUACAUCCUAACAAGAUCACCGGUAUCGUUAUCCUGAACGCCGAGAGUUUGAAGGAAUACUCGAACGAAUCCUUUAUUCUGGAGAUCUAUCGGUCUAUGAACAAAUGGGGGUUUGUGAAGGCUUUUUCUGAGUCUGCAGAGUCAUUUGUCAUGGAGUUUUCCCCUUUGAUGAGGAAAAUGAAGGACCUGAGACUCAAGAAUGUGUUGCUAUGGCCUCGCUUCAGAGUGGAGAUAUCUCAGUGCCUGAAUAAUGCUAUUAACCCAAAGGAAAACAAAGUUGUGGAGGUCAAAGUUUCAUUGACAAAUUCAAUGUCACAAAUACAGUUUGGUCUCAUAGAGUGUUUAAAGAAGUGCCUGGCAGAGUUGCAAAGAAAAACACCCGAAUUGUUUCGAGAUUGGUGGAGCAUGGCAAACUCACUCGAUGCUCACUUUAUUAAGUCGAUCGACAUGGUUAUGAUUCCGAACUGGCAUCGUAUUUCAUAUGAGGCCAAACAAUUAAUCAAGGAUAUACGAUUUCUGAGGAAUCUCAUGAAGCUUUUGGUGAGUGGUGACGCCGUUGACUUUUACGAAGAGAUCCAAUUGAGCCUGGAGGCGAAUAAACCAUCAAUAUCCCGUAAGUACACAGAGUCGCCAUGGUUAAUGGCUGAUGAAUCUCAAAUGGUCGUUUCUUAUGCCAAGAAGAGAAUCUUCAACGAUGGCAAGUAUUGCCUGGAAGACAUGCCGAAGUGGGACCAACUUAUCAACAUUCUCGAUGAAAUUUCGUAUCAGAGAGCUUCAAAAGACUAUCUUGGCCCUACAUUAAUUAUGUGCUCCGAUGCAGCGACGUGUAUGCAACUGACCAGAGUGUUGAGCCUUGCUGAUGAGAAAGAUGGCUUCAGGAAGAAUAUGCUGCACAAAUUACAGAUUUACAAGGAUCGCCGAGAAGAUCGGAAACAAAUGGUCAGAGAAGUGCGAGAUAAAGAACCGGAGCGGGCCACCGAGUUGAACGUGAGUACCGCUUUUGCUAAAGAGCAGCUUACGACAAAAAGGCGACGAACGAGGGGAGCAGCAGCGGUUGCCGCUGUUCAACGAUUGAAGAAUGCUGGCAUCGGAGAGGACAUCGAAGCAGUCAUUGACACCUACAGUGUCAAACAGGAAAUUGAGGGAUCGCACGGUGAUGAAAGCCGCCCUGAUGGAGAAGACUAUGAAAUGCUCCCUAUCUUGGAUGAAAGCGAUUCGCAUGUUCUCGAUCAAGGUGACGAGGAUAUGAUGGAAAUGUUAAAAAGCGAUUUAAGUCGGAAGAUUUGGGAACAAAGAGCUAAAAACUACUCAUACGUCAACACUGGUGAUGAAAUUAUUGUCGAAAGAUUUGACAAGGUAAGCGACGAUACAUUUCUGCAGGAGCUAAUGCCCUCCUUUAUUGUGAUGUAUGAGCCUGAUCUUUGCUUUAUACGUAGAGUUGAGGUUCAUCGAGCUAUCCACAAAGAAAUCCCGUCAAAGGUCUUCUUUAUGUAUUAUGGAGAUAGCGUUGAGGAACAAGGGCAUCUUGCGGCAAUCAAGAAAGAAAAAGACGCUUUCACGAAACUUAUCAGAGAGCACUCCAUGCUAGCGCAUCAUUUUGAAGCUGACGAAGAUUUAUCUCAUUAUCAUAACCUUGCAGAGCGGAAGCUUAAAUUGAGUCGCCUCAGGAAAAAUAACACAAGAGCAGCAGGUGGCCAGGCAGGAUUAUCAGAAAUGACUCAGGAUAUUGUUAUCGUUGAUACUCGUGAAUUCAAUGCUUCGCUUCCUGGUUUACUUUAUAGGUAUGGUGUUCGAGUAGUGCCUUGCAUGCUGACGGUGGGUGACUAUAUCAUUGCUCCCGACAUAUGCCUAGAAAGAAAAUCCAUUUCCGAUCUUAUUGGAUCUCUGCAUAAUAACAGGCUUGUCUCCCAGUGUAAGAAAAUGGCCAAGUAUUAUAAAUACCCAACGUUACUAAUUGAGUUCGAUCAGGGCCAAUCAUUCUCACUUGAACCAUUCAGCGAGAGAAGGAAUUAUCGAAACAAAGAUUCUUCUACAGUACAUCCGAUUUCAAGCAAGUUAUCACAGGACGAAAUUCAGAUGCAGCUAGCAAAAUUGGUGAUGAGAUUUCCCAGUCUAAGACUAAUUUGGUCAUCAUCACCACUGCAGAGCGUCAAUAUAAUACUUGAAUUAAAAAUUGGUAGGGAACAACCAGAUCCGACGAUGUCUGUAAGUUUCGGCUCUACGACAGGGCAGAAGAAUCCGGCAGUGAAGAAAAAUAAAGACCCUUCUGCAGAUCAGGAGAGGCUCACGAAGCUUCUCGAUGUUCCUGGUAUUUCCAAAGUUGAGUAUUUUAAUAUUCGAAGGAAAGUUAAAAGCUUUAAAAGACUGUCUGCCAUGUCACAGCAAGAUUUGACGGAUUUAUUUGGCGACGACCUGAGGCAGAGAAUCAAUCAUUUUCUUCAGGUUGAAGAACUUGAAGGUGAGGGUACCGGUGAAGAUACAUAA